UCUGCUGAUGAAGCCAUGGUUUUGAUGUUGAUACUUGUAAUUAUUUUAGGACUAUCCUCAUCCUUCUCUUCUGUCGCAGGUUCUUCACCUCCUCAGCUCUGGCCAGCAGGCAUGUACGGAUUACCUCAGACCAAAGAUGGCUGCCCUAAAACUGCGAACGGCUUCACAUGGGCCACAGGAACAAUUUUYCAGGCUCUMAAUCCAUUGUCCACCAUACCAAGGAAGUUUCACUUUCAAGCUAAUGCGACUAACAACGGYGUUGCCCGAUCUUUCUGCUUCAAAAAUACGACCAACAUGGAUCAAAGYCGACCUGUAUGGCCGACCGGAAGUUACUGCAUGUAUAUGAAGUCUGAUAACUGCCCAUCUGGGCUUCAAAAAGGGUCGUUAUAUUGGAACGAUAGACUUUCUAAUUCUAACUAUCAGAUAGGUGAAGUGCCUAAAGGGGACUACUUGGUCAAUACUCUGAUUAAGUUUUGUUGCAGUACCAAAGGAAAUCCAUCAGUUGCCAUCUCUUUACCAAAUGAUGCGCCGUUUUUCUUGUUGACCAAUGAUAAAAGUAUCGACAAAUGCCAGAACAUCAAGGGGACGCAGCAUACACUGGAAUAUAUUGGUUAUGACACGGUUGAUGGUAAUGCUAAACAAUACCCUCCACACCCUUACAAAAAGGAAAGAAGUGUAAUGACUGUUUAUUACUGCUAUUAUACACCAUGUAACUGGCACAUCACCGCUUUAUCAGGAACGAUACAAUCCCCAAACUAUCCUUUAAAGUAUCCUAAAAACCUUGACUGCCAAUGGAGAAUCGAAGUUCCGAACAACUACUACAUCACUCUGAUUUUUGAUGACUUUAUAUUGGAGUCCUCAGCAUUUUCCUGUAAUMUAGACUGUUCCUGUGAUUGGCUGAAAGUUACCAUCAAAAGACAGUCUAACACUAUUUCCAAUAUUUACUGCAUGGAGUUUAUGCACUCUCCGCCACGAAUACGAAACACUUACUCCAGCCUAGUGAUCCUUGAUUUUCACUCCGAUUAUAGAAUAAGCGACAUUGGUUUUCAGAUCCGCUACACGACUACGCGCAUUAGUGAMGAACUUACUACAGCACUACCCGCAACAUCACAUUUACACAAAAACAAUAGCACAGCAAACACUACUGCAACACCAACAAGAAAUACAACAACAUCAACAACAACAACGUUAAACACAACAACAGCAAACACAAYAACAACAGCAACAACAGAAACAACAAUAAUAGCAAACAAAACUGAUAUUCCAAGUACUCCAAAGACUCUUCCUCUUACUGAGACUACAACAGAGAAAAAUACUGUUGGUUCAACUGUGCCAAAGAAUGAGAGUUCUACAAUCAAGCUACUCGUAACUGCCGAGGCAGAACAAAGACAGUCACAGCCCAAGACAUGGAUCAUUGCUACUGCAGUAGCCUUGACUGUUGCAGGUCUCUUGGUAACUCUGGGAUGCUUGGCGUAUUGCAGUAACGAUAAAGAAGAAAGUAAAGACGAAGCAGAAGAAAAAACGUUAGAGAAAUCGGUCAACCCUCUUUAUGCCACACCGCACGAUUUAAAAACAGACAAUCCACUUUAUGAAAGUAUUAUUAUACAGAAGAAAACAAAAGACCCUAAACCAGCUGAYCCUAAACCAAUGAAAUCUGAAAAUCCUCUGUAUGAAAGGAUUAUGUGAGCAAACAGUAUCACGUGAUGACCAGUCACUUCCAGAUGUAUUGAAAUGAGACCGUGUGAUUCCAAUCRAGGAGUUCAACAUCAAUUUACUACAUGAGUAGUCACUUACGCAGAACUCAAAUUCCCUUGAUAAAUAAAUAACGAUAAAAAAGCAGCCAUGUUGGUUGAUAURACAACAGAAGCCAAAAUGGCGGCUAUGGCAAACAUGCACACUACUUGUGAAAUUGAUCUUGCGCAAGAGAAUAUGAAUAUUCUCUUGGUCUUGCGGCAUKACGCAACAAGAUCAAUUACCCCAAUUUUGUCAGCCAGAAUCGCUGAGGUAAGGUAAAAAACGAUUCGAGGUUCAUUUUCUGUGGUCUGUACUCUUAUCAAACAUGGAAUUGGCGUAAGCAUAUGAUCUAACCUUUGCAGUGAAAGCAAUCGGAAAAAUGAAGUGUAUUCAUACUCCGAWUUUUUCUCAUUUUAUUUUAUUUCUAUUGGUAUAGUUGUAUUUGUAUUGGCGUACCAAUAUUGCCGGGGGAAAAAUUGGUAAAGUGCCUCCAAGAUUUAAAGAUUAAAAAAAGCUUAA